ACCAAAUUGAGAAAGAAACACAAAAUCUAAUCUUAUUAAUAUCAAUUCUAUUCCCACACCUUUGGAUAUCUCGAAAAGUUUCAAAUAAAAACCAAAUCUUUAUUUCUCUUCAUUUUCCAUUUCCAUGGCUUCCUCUUCUUCUUCAUCACCCUUCUCUCUCCUCCUCCUUCUCCUCCUUCUUCUUCACCAGACUCUGUUAACCUCCUCAGCCAAUCUCCACAGACUCAAUUCAAUCUCAGAACUUUCCACUCUUUCACCAAACGACACUACAACUCCACCCACUCAUUACUUCCAAGUAACAAAACCCAUUAACCUCCCCAAAACCAAACCCUGUUCCCACCUCGUCCUCCGCCAUGAUUUCGCUUUCACCUAUGGAAAAUCACCAGUCUUAGCACCUUACUCCCCACCUUCUCACUGCCCAUCUCAUCAGAAAUUCUCAAAGAUCGUUCUUUUAUGGAAUGCCACUUCCAAAGGAAGACAGUUCGAUCGGAUUUUUGGGGUUUGGCUUGAUGGGGUUGAGCUUCUUCGUAGCUGUACGGCUGAGCCAAGAACUAAUGGGAUUGUUUGGAGUGUUGAGAAAGAUGUGACAAGGUACUAUUCAUUGUUGUUAAACAAGAAUCAAAAUCAAACUCUUGCUGUUUAUCUUGGUAAUCUUGUUGAUAAAACUUAUACUGGUGUUUAUCAUGUGAAUGUGAGUUUUCAAUUUUAUCCAAUUGAGGAAAAUUUGGUUGAUGGGUAUGAUUCUUGGGCUGAUUUAGUAAUGCCCAUUUCAAGAAAUUUGCCAUUAAAUGAUGGGUUAUGGUUUGAAAUUAAGAAUUCAACUGAUUUUGCAUUGAAAGAGUUGAAAAUUCCUCAGAAUGUUUAUAGGGCUGUUCUUGAAGUUUAUGUUUCUUUUCAUGAGAAUGAUGAGUUUUGGUACUCAAAUCUUCCAAAUGAGUAUAUUGAUGCAAAUAAUCUUACUAGUACUCCUGGAAAUGGUCCUUUUAGAGAGGUUUUAGUUAGUAUUGAUGGUGUUGUUGUUGGUUCAAUAUGGCCAUUUACUGUGAUUUUUACAGGUGGUGUUAAUCCUCUCUUAUGGAGACCUAUUACUGCUAUUGGUUCAUUUGAUUUACCUUCUUACAAUAUCGAAAUCACUCCUUUUCUUGGGGAGAUUUUGGAUGGAAAAAGUCAUGAGAUUGGUUUUAAUGUCACUAAUGCUUUGAAUGUUUGGUACAUUGAUGCAAAUUUGCAUCUUUGGUUGGAUAAAAAGAGUGAGAAAACUCAAGGGCAGGUUUCGAAACAUGUUAGCACACCGCUUGUUGUUAGUUUGGUUUCUAAUUUUUCGGGUUUGGAUGGAACUUUUCUCACUAGCACGAGCCGGUCUAUUAAGUUAACAGGAUGGGUUAACUCCUCUUAUGGGAAUAUCACUACUGGUUCAAUUCAAGAUUUUUCUUACCAAAACUCGAUUGUGAUGGGAAAUAAUGGAAAUAUGCAGAUUGUGAGACAAGACAUACAUUUCAAUGAUUCUGUUCAAGCUGAAAAUUCUCAAUCUUUGCAAGUUCAUUCGUUCGAAUCGCUUAAAAAGUUCUCACUUUUCUUGUAUUCUGACACCUUUGAUCAAGGCAAUAAGACUUAUUUAUCGAUUUCGAAUGUUAGUUUGGGUUACAAUGAGAAGAAGAAAUCUAAAGGCUCUGCUGAUUCGGGAUUCGAAAAAAGUAGUCUUAAGAAUCAUCAGAGUGGCCAAGGAAAUAUGGUUGUUAAGAACAACUUGGUUGUAAGUGGAAUUGGGAAUACACAACAAGUUUACAAGUACAAUGGAGUUGAUUUGUGUUACUUUAGAAACAUAAGUAGCUCAAAUUAUACAAUUCUUUAUGAUAAUGUUGGAAGUAAAUGCAGCAAAACUACACAGCUUCAUAAUCACAGAGGUCUUGGGUUUCAUAGACUAUGGCCUAUUCAUUCUAGAAGAGUUUCACUUUGGUCUGGUUUAGUUAACUCUAAGCCUAAAGGAGGAUAAAUCCCUUUUAUCUAUUUCUAAGUAAGUUUUUGUUUUUUAAGAUGUUUUUGAGGAUCCUACAAUUGGGUUCUCCAAAUAAAAGUGUAAGCAUACAUAGAAAAUAUUAAUAUUAUUGUUGGAUUUGUAUUUGGGUAAA